AUAGAGAGUAAUUAUCGUUCAGACAGGCAAGAGUUCUCUGCAGGUAGCAGCCUGGGAAAGCGAACUCGCGCACCCUCUUGGGGGACGGGCUCUUUUGCUUUCUAUUUCUUCUCCUGCAGCCAGGGUGCACACGUAUUUGAAACAGACCGAAUUUCCUCCUCGAUGUGGGGUCAGGUUGACUUUUCGAGACUAGCGGGUAUUUCUUUUUAAUGACUCCAAUGCCCUUUUAUUAUUGCUGUUAUUGAGGUUGAGGGAGAAGAGAUCGGUCUAAAUUCUGGCUGGGUAAGUGGGGGGAUUCUCGGCGAUGAGAAACGGGGGACUUAGAAGCCGGAGGAAAAUCAGCAGCCCCACAUCUCCACUUCUCCAGUCCCCCCUACUCUCCACCCGUGACCUCCAGUGGAGACCCCAGGCGGCAGCAUCAGUAUUUGAUCGGCCCUUCGUCAGCACGCUGCCAGCCCUGGCCGGCUGGGUUCGCCAGGCAUCACCCGCUCGGCUCUGAAGCGGACGCCUGUCCCUGCACCGGGCUUUGGAAGGACCCUCUCUGCGCUCGCCCCCUCCCCAGGGUGGCUCUGCUUCCGAGCCCGGGCGCAGUGCCCACCAUGCGCGGCUGCCUGCGGCUCGCGCUGCUCUGCACGCUGCCCUGGCUCCUGCUGGCGGCGUCGCCCGGGCACCCGGCGAAAUCCCCCAGGCAGCCCCCGGCACCGCGCCGCGACCCCUUCGACUCUGCCAGGGGCGCCGAUUUCGAUCAUGUCUACAGCGGGGUGGUGAACCUCAGCACCGAGAACAUCUACUCUUUCAACUACACCAGCCAGCCCGACCAGGUGACCGCCGUGAGGGUGUAUGUGAACAGUUCCUCUGAGAAUCUCAACUACCCGGUCCUUGUUGUGGUUCGCCAGCAGAAAGAGGUGCUGUCCUGGCAGGUUCCUCUGCUCUUCCAAGGACUAUACCAGAGGAGCUACAACUAUCAAGAAGUGAGCCGCACCUUAUGUCCCUCAGAAGCAACCAAUGAGACGGGACCCUUGCAGCAACUGAUAUUUGUAGAUGUCGCAUCCAUGGCACCCCUGGGUGCUCAGUACAAACUGCUAGUUACCAAGCUGAAGCACUUCCAGCUCCGGACAAAUGUUGCCUUUCACUUUACUGCCAGCCCCUCUCAACCUCAGUAUUUUCUAUACAAGUUUCCCAAAGACGUGGACUCAGUUAUCAUUAAAGUGGUGUCUAAAAUGGCUUAUCCAUGUUCUGUUGUCUCAGUCCAGAAUAUCAUGUGCCCGGUGUAUGAUCUCGACCACAAUGUGGAAUUUAAUGGUGUCUAUCAGUCCAUGACCAAGAAAGCUGCCAUCACGCUACAGAAGAAGGAUUUUCCAGGCGAGCAGUUCUUCGUGGUAUUUGUGAUAAAGCCUGAAGAUUAUGCCUGUGGAGGAUCUUUCUUCAUCCAGGAAAAGGAAAACCAGACCUGGAAUCUACAGCGAAAAAAGAACCUUGAAGUGACCAUUGUCCCUUCCAUUAAAGAAUCUGUUUAUGUGAAAUCCAGUCUUUUCAGUGUCUUCAUCUUCCUGUCCUUCUACUUGGGAUGCCUGCUUGUUGGGUUUGUUCAUUAUCUGAGGUUUCAGAGAAAAUCCAUUGAUGGAAGCUUUGGGUCCAGUGAUGGCUCUGGAAAUAUGGUGGCAUCUCAUCCCAUUGCAGCCAGCACACCCGAAGGGAGCAAUUAUGGGACAAUAGAUGAGUCAAGCUCCAGUCCUGGAAGGCAGAUGUCCUCCCCCGAUGGUGGGCCACCGGGCCAGUCAGACACAGACAGCUCCGUGGAGGAGAGCGACUUCGACACCAUGCCAGACAUUGAGAGUGAUAAAAACAUCAUCCGGACCAAGAUGUUCCUUUACCUGUCAGAUUUGUCCAGGAAGGACCGGAGAAUUGUCAGCAAAAAAUAUAAAAUUUAUUUUUGGAACAUCAUCACCAUCGCUGUGUUUUAUGCGCUGCCCGUAAUCCAACUGGUCAUUACCUAUCAGACAGUGGUAAAUGUCACUGGCAACCAGGACAUCUGUUACUACAACUUCCUCUGUGCUCACCCCUUGGGCGUCCUGAGUGCCUUCAACAACAUUCUCAGCAAUCUGGGCCACGUGCUUCUGGGCUUCCUCUUCCUGCUGAUAGUCUUGCGCCGCGACAUCCUCCAUCGGAGAGCCCUGGAAGCCAAGGACAUCUUUGCUGUGGAGUACGGGAUUCCCAAACACUUUGGUCUCUUCUACGCUAUGGGCAUUGCAUUGAUGAUGGAAGGGGUGCUCAGUGCUUGCUACCAUGUCUGCCCUAAUUAUUCCAACUUCCAAUUCGACACCUCCUUCAUGUACAUGAUCGCUGGCCUGUGCAUGCUGAAGCUCUAUCAGACCCGCCACCCAGACAUCAAUGCCAGCGCCUACUCUGCCUACGCCUCCUUUGCUGUGGUCAUCAUGGUCACCGUCCUUGGAGUGGUGUUUGGAAAAAAUGACGUGUGGUUCUGGGUCAUCUUCUCUGCAAUCCACGUUCUGGCCUCGCUAGCCCUCAGCACCCAGAUAUAUUAUAUGGGUCGUUUCAAGAUAGAUGUGUCUGACACAGAUUUGGGAAUUUUCCGGCGGGCUGCCAUGGUGUUCUACACAGACUGUAUCCAGCAGUGUAGCCGACCUCUAUACAUGGAUAGAAUGGUGUUGCUGGUUGUGGGGAAUCUGGUUAACUGGUCCUUCGCCCUCUUUGGAUUGAUAUACCGCCCCAGGGACUUUGCUUCCUACAUGCUGGGCAUCUUCAUCUGUAACCUUUUGCUGUACCUGGCCUUUUACAUCAUCAUGAAGGUAAGAGUGGGCGCCGGGAGCGGCUGCCUCGGGCCCUCGGGCAGGCGAAGGCGGGGUCGCUUGAGGCCGCAUCUGCUUCUCCUCCGACAGCUCCGCAGCUCUGAGAAGGUCCUCCCAGUCCCGCUCUUCUGCAUCGUGGCCACCGCUGUGAUGUGGGCUGCCGCCCUGUAUUUUUUCUUCCAGAAUCUCAGCAGCUGGGAGGGAACUCCGGCCGAAUCCCGGGAGAAGAACCGCGAGUGCAUUCUGCUGGAUUUCUUCGAUGACCAUGACAUCUGGCACUUCCUCUCUGCUACUGCUCUGUUUUUCUCAUUCUUGGUUUUGUUAACUUUGGAUGAUGACCUUGAUGUGGUUCGGAGAGACCAGAUCCCUGUCUUCUGAACCUCCAACAUUAAGAGAGGGGAGGG